GUUAAGAAGACUGUUAACUACUAACUAUGAGCACAAUGUUGAAGUCAGUGGUAUGGAGUUGGAAGGCAAGUGUUACCACAUAAUCGGGAUCGGCAAGGCACAAGGAUAGAAAGAGAGUGGUAGCAAACGCCAUCAUCAUCAUCAUCAUGCUCGAAUCCGUACGGUAUUGGCUAGUUGGUAGUUGUUAUGUGUUAUGUGCUGCAGAAAGAGACCACUUUCACUGACAAAGUUAAGAGUAAAGAGCCUUUGGAGAAGGACGCAAUGAGCUCCACCACGCAACGGCCAAAUAUUGCCCAGGUAGGGGUUAUUAUUGUUGCUUUUGAGAACCACGUCCAAAGGCAUAUACCCUUUAGACGUUACGAGGAUUACUAGACAACUUUUUCACCUUACUCUCAUAUGCAGCGACAUUCAGCGAGAGCUAGUGAUUGUUUUUAGUGGUGCUUUUUAAUUAUUACUUUUCAAUCAAUUUUGACUAGUCAUUGGUGGCAUUUGAAAUUUUUUGUGAACUGUGAUAGCUUUUAUUAAUUUACGUUGAUGAUUUUGUUUGGGUUAUUUGAAACAGAAAUUUUUUGUGUGCUAAGUUGUUAGCUGACGUGACAAUGAGCGAAUAUUUAUAAAUGGACUGUUGGAAAUGCAAGAGAUAGUGACAUAAAAUGCGUCCAUCUUCAACCCACACGUGGUCUGUGAUGAAAAAGCUGCGCCAAAAAUCACUCUAAAAUGGUUCUAAGCGCCCUGAUAAUAGCCUCAACCCUAAAAAGCGCCCUGGGUUUGAUGGGAACGGGUUUCUGGUUGGUUCCCUUGGUGAUAAUCGGCCUCUCCUACUACCGGUACGACCAAUUAGACCCAGAGAACCGGAUCAUCGAUCGCCACCCUCUGGAUCCUCAAUAUGACUUCAUAAUAAUUGGCGGAGGAUCUGCAGGAGCUGUGGUGGCAAGUCGGCUAACUGAAAUCCCAGAUUUGAAGGUCCUUCUGCUAGAAGCCGGACCCGACGAGAACGAAAUCACAGACGUCCCGUCCCUAGCUGCGUAUCUCCAACUUAGCAAGCUGGACUGGAAGUACAAAACUGAACCCAGCGGGACUUCUUGCAUGGCGAUGAAAAACGGGCGCUGCAACUGGCCUAGGGGCAAAGUUAUGGGCGGAUCUUCAACCUUGAACUACAUGCUCUAUGUCCGAGGGAACAGGUUCGACUAUGACCACUGGGAGGCUUUGGGAAACCCUGGAUGGGGCUACGAGCAAGCGCUUUACUACUUCAAGAAGUCUGAAGACAAUCGCAAUCCUUAUUUAAGAAACAGUCCUUAUCACGGAACAGGCGGUUACUUGACGGUUCAAGAGUCGCCUUGGAGAACACCACUGGUCGUUGCUUUCGUCCAGGCUGGGACAGAACUCGGCUACGAAAAUCGGGACAUUAAUGGAGAAUAUCAAACGGGAUUCAUGAUUGCUCAAGGGACGAUAAGACGCGGCAGUAGAUGCUCAACUUCCAAGGCCUUUCUUCGGCCGGUUAGAUUAAGGAAGAAUUUGCACGUCGCGAUGAAUACCCAUGUUACCAGAAUACUGAUAGAUCCCUUGAGUUCGCGGGCCGUGGGGGUAGAAUUCUAUCGCGAUGGCAAGAAGCAAGUUAUCAGAGCCAGAAAAGAGGUCAUUUUAUCAGCCGGAGCGAUUAAUUCUCCACAAUUGUUGAUGCUUUCUGGCGUGGGACAUAGAUAUCAUUUGCAAGAAAUGGGAAUUCCGGUUUUAAAGGAUCUUCCAGUUGGAGAUAAUCUUCAGGACCAUGUAGGAAUGGCGGGACUUACUUUCCUGGUGGACAAGCCAGUGUCUAUCGUCCAGGACCGGUUCCAAGCUGCGCAAAUCACCACUAAUUAUGUGAUCAACGGAAGAGGUCCUAUGACCACUUUGGGAGGAGUUGAAGGCUAUGCUUUUAUCAAUACUAAGUAUGCCAAUGAAACGGGGCUGUAUCCUGAUAUUCAGCUGCACAUGGCGCCCGCUUCGCUGAGUUCUGAUGCAGGAGUCCAGGUCAGAAAGGUUCUGAGUCUCACUGAUGAGGUUUAUGAUACGGUUUUCAGGCCGAUUACUAAUAAGGACGCCUGGACGCUAAUGCCGCUGCUUUUAAGGCCUAAAUCUAGAGGAACUGUUAGGUUGAGGAACAGCAAUCCUUUUUCUAGUCCGCUGAUUAAUUCUAAUUACUUCGCGGAGCCUGAGGAUAUGGCUAGAUUGGUAGAGGGCGCGAAACUCGCGGUUAGGAUCAGCGAGGCCAAGGUUUUUAAGCAGUUCGGAUCCAGGAUUCACAGGAUUAAAAUUCCUGGGUGCAGGCAGUUUAAAUUUGCGAGUGAUCAGUAUUGGGAGUGUCAUAUCAGGCAUAUUACUAUGACUAUUUAUCAUCCGGUUGGGACGGCUAAAAUGGGCCCGAUUGAUGAUCCCGGGGCUGUUGUUGAUCAUAGGUUGAGGGUUCAUGGGAUUGAUAACUUGAGAGUUAUCGAUGCUUCGAUUAUGCCGACUAUCAGCAGUGGGAAUACUAAUGCGCCGGUUAUUAUGAUUGCGGAAAAGGGAUCUGAUAUGAUUAAAAAUGACUGGCUUGCUACCCAAAGAUAAUUUUGUGUUUGAACUGGAAUUUGGGGAUACUUGAUUUUUGGAUUUUAUUUUUUAGAUAAACUAUUGAUUAGAAAAUUGCAGAAAUUUUUUGAGUUUUUAAAAUUCUAAAAUGAUCAAAUGUCUCGUUAUUUCAGUAUUGUGGAUUUGUCUGUGAUUAAAUCCUAUUUUUAGUGUAAUUGCUAGUUUUGUAGGUGAUAAAAUUUCUUUUAUAAGUUUUGUUGAGGAACUUAUAGGGAUUGAAAAGACUUUUUGUCGAGUUCGGGCUCCUCUAACGACAAAUCAAAAGUGUAAAUUAUUAUUGUAAGUUAGUUUCAAAAGUUUUUGUAAUGUAAAAAGAAAUUUAUAAGUAUUUGUUUUGUAGAUCAAUAAAAAUAUAUAAAGUAUACUGUAAGAAAGUGCCAUAAAAUGGUGAUGGAUUACAUUUACGACGAGGAAGUUGUUAUAGAUUAUAAGUUUUAGUUGUGAUUAUGCCAAA